CGCUAGAUGGCGAUGCGCGCAUCUGCCGUUAUCAUAGACUGGUACACGCGCUGAUGUGCACGAGCUGCGGCCGUCUGCUCAUUUCAGCGUUCGCACCAGUCGUGUCUCGGUGCGGCAUCGCGUGAGAUGUGCAUGUGCCAGUCGUAUACACGCGCGGGGUUUGGACGAAGUGCUGCUCGGCAUUCAACUCUCAUCGUGCAUUUCAUGUUGCGUUUAGUUCAAUUUAAAGAUGACUUUAAAAAUGUAAAUUGUUGCGUUGGUGGCUCGGAGGACAACAACAACGGGUGGAGCAGGUGAGCUACAUGAGAGCACAGCAGGCACCAUGGUUCUUCGUCGUCGUGGCAACGGCGGCAACAUCGUGCUUCUGGUCUGCGUCAGCAUCAUCUGUGGGUUCUCCUUCACCCUCUGGCUGCAGGGACGACUACGCGUGGAUGCGUGCCGCGCCAAGCGGGACGUGCCGCCGACCGGGCGACCCCCGCCAGCGUUCGACGACGUAGAACCAGGCAAAAACCUCCUAUUCGUCGGUGUCAUGACAGCGCGUGCAUUCCUUGACAAUCGCGCCGCUGCCGUAUACGCCACCUGGGGGCGGACCCUUCCCGGGAAGUUGGCGUUCUUCUCGAGCGAGGGUUCGGUGGGCGAGGGUGACAUGCCUGUGGUGGCACUGCCCGGCGUCACGGACCACUACCCACCACAGAAAAAGUCGUUCAUGAUGCUCAAGUACAUGUAUGAUCACUACGUGGACAAGUUCGAAUGGUUCAUGCGGGCCGAUGAUGACGUGUAUAUCAGAGGAGACAAGAUGGAGAAGUUCCUGCGGUCGGUGAACAGCAGCAAGCCGCAGUUCAUUGGACAGGCCGGCAUCGGCAAGAAACAUGAGCUAGGAAAGCUGGGUUAG